CAGGGUGAGGUUUUGGGCUGUCAGAGUGGCUGCAAGAGGAUUUAAGAGUGGCAAGUGUGUUCAGUAAUUGCAUUGCCAUGAAGUUUGUGCUGACAUGACUACAGGGAUGUGUGUGCCAUUGGUGGUUUUUCUCAGCGCCAUUGUGCUUCACCCUGUGUCAGCUGGAGGUGUGUAUUGUGCUAAAACAGCCAGAGCUCGAGCAGCUGCCCUGGGUUUGGAUUAUCCUGGAGUCCAUGGAGCCCCGGGUCUCUAUGGACCAGCUCAUCAUGGGAUGCCAUUCAGACCUCAACCUUACAACAAUUAUCCACAAUUAGAUGAGACUGAAUCAAACAUGGCCUCCUACAGACAAAGUCAACCAGAAGUGAGACCCCUCUAUGACAGAACACUUAAACAAGCUCACCCCAGGAGUUGGCAUCGUACUUACAGUCCAGUUCAAAGUGAAUACACCACCAACCAAGUGCUUGGCCUUCCCAGAGGAUGGUCAGUUAUUAACCGCAAGCCCUAUUUUGAGGAGGUCAAGCAUGUUGCCCCUCCAACUCAGGCUGAAGCCCCAGGCCAGCCUGAGCUUGUGAAUUGGCCUCCUAAAGGUCGCAACAAGCCGCUCUCAUUUGUCCACAAUGAGCAUGACUUUGGUGUUGAGUCUGUCCCAAAUAGACGUGACAUGUCUCUGAGUGGGCUGCCCCAAAGCAGGGGUCACAGCGCUUACCAGAGGGGUCUAACUGGAUAUGGCCUGGGAAGAGAAGUUCCUUCCCUGGGUUCCUCUGGCAUCCCCAACGAAGGCCACGCCAGAGCGAUGAGAAGCCAAAGUCCUACUGUUGGUAGACCGAAAAGCAUUAGGUUCCAUCUUCCUCAGCCCCUGCACAGACGCCUCGGUGUCAACCCGUUUUUUCAAGGUAACCCUGUUCCAAGAUCUGUGAUCGAAAGCUAUAUCGGGUCUCGUUAGAAGUCCGUGAGCGAAAGAUUCUGACUCAUAGCUUGGCUGUCUAGUCAAAUAGCGUCCCUGUGAAGAGUUCUGAAAGUUAACAGGCAAGCAUUUUGUGAAGGAAAAACAAUGUGAUUGAAGAAUUAUUUUUUUUUUUUUUUGUCCAUCUUGUUGGCGUACAAGCUCCUGUAUUGUUGCUUUCUCACCUGUAGCUCUGAAAUGUGUCAAACCGCACACUGUCUCUUGAAAAUAAAAUUGCUAAUGGUUAUAUUU